GCGCUCUUGAGUUCAAAAAAGACCAUUGGACGGGUAGGUCGUGCGUCGGGUGUGUAGUAAAAUCUCGGGAAAAGCCGUUGAUGAUUCGUCGUCGCGUCGCGCGUGUUUCUGUGUUUGUGCGUGUUUUUGGAUUAAUAAAUUAACAAGAUCAAGAAAUCCAAUAACAUGAAUAUGCGGCGGCAAUUGUAGCGAUUCGUGUGCUUGCGAUUAAACCAAUAAAUAAUACACAAAAUCGCAACAGCCGAACGUGUGUGUGAGUGCCAAUUGCAAGACAAAAUGGCUGCAUUUCAACGCAUUUAAUGCGCGCACAAAAACAACAACGAAAGAGAACAACAUACACAAAGCAUACGCAAACAUCUCUGCUACAAUAACCGCAAAAACAUCACCAACAACAACAACAACAGCAACAACUUUGUUGAGAAUUCAAAACUGUAAAUUUCGUUUCGAACGCGUUGCGGUGUUUUUUCUCUUCUCGGUUUUUCGUUUUCUUUUUCAUUGAUUUUUACGGGCAAAAAUUAAAAAAGAGGAAGAAAAUAUAAUAAUAAUAGCACAAAAGUGAAAAGUGAUGUAUAAAAAGCAUAAAUCAUUACAUAUAAAAUUGUUGCAGUAUACGUGUUCAAAUAAGAUCGCAUUAAAUCAAGAAUCAUAAAACCCAAAUAAAAAAAGAAGAAAAAAAAAGGAAAAAAUAAAUAAAUAAAAAUAAUAGUAAACAAAACGUCGUGCGUGCAAAAAAGUGGUGUAAAAUUUGAUGGUGCUCUUAUAUGUGUGCGUGUGUGGAUAUGUGUGAAAAUAGUAAAUUUUAAAUGGAAAUCAAGUUGAAGUGGAAGUUUGUUGCAGUUAGUUAAGAUUCGAUCAAAACGCUCACAACCAAAAUCAGAUUAAACUACUGCCAAAAGAAGUAAAUAUAAAAAAAAAAAAAAAAAAAAUACAAAAAUAUUACAAAAUUAAGAAAACUUAAGGAUUUCACAUCUUUCGACACGUUGGAUACCAUUUACAUAUAAUGUCAUCAACAUGUGGAUUAAAUAUAGUUUUCAUGUCGAUCAUUUUCAUUAUCAUCGUAAAUGGCUACGCAAAAGAUAUUUACAGAGCUGAAAGAGGUCAUCAACGUCUCAACGAAUACAUAUCCCACUAUGAAACACUUAACUAUGAUCAUGAGCACGUUAGAGCUAGUCACAAUAGAGCACGUCGAUCGGUGACCAAAGAUCAUUUUGUAUAUAUAAAAUUUGCAGCACAUGGAAAGGAUUUCCAUCUUAGAUUAAAACGUGAUUUAAAUACAUUUAGUGAUAAGUUAGACUUUUAUGAUAACAACGGCCCCAUUGAUGUCUCAACGGAUCAUAUCUAUGAGGGCGAUGUGAUAGGGGAUCGUAAUAGUUAUGUAUUUGGUUCCAUACACAAUGGGGUAUUCGAGGGUAAAAUUAUAACGGAACGUGAUGCCUAUUAUGUUGAACAUGCCAAACAUUAUUUUCCCACAAAUCGGACAACGUCAGCGUCAGCGUCAACGACGACGUCGACGUCGAUGCCGACGACAAAGACCACCGCAACUACAUUAGCUCCAACAACAACGGAGUCCAAUCUGACUAAAACUGCCAUUGAUAAUAAGAGAGAAAAGUUUAUGAAUCAAAUUGAUGAAACAACAACAGCAAACACAUUCCCAAUGUAUCCAACCGAAAACAACACCAAACAGUCAGAAGCAACAACAACAACAACAACACCAGCAGCAGCAGCAACUGCAAAGAGAAACGAGGAUGAACUUGAUUUCCACUCCAUUAUCUAUAAGGAGUCGCAUGUUGAGGAUGCCUACGAGAAUGUGCGCGAAGGUCACGUGGGCGGCUGUGGCAUAACGGAGGAGGUCUCACAAUGGAUGGAGAAUAUACAAAAUUCAGCGGUUGAGGAGCUGCCAGUGCCCAUGUCAAAGGAUGUCCAAAAGCUGCACCGGAAACAGCAACACAAAAAGGCAACGGCUGCCCAGCAACAACAACAGCAACAGCAACAGCAGCAACAGCAACAGCAGCAACAGCAACAACAGCUACUAUAUCCACCGAAGAAAUACGCCAGCAGCGAUGAUGAUUUCAAAUUGCCACAUCAGAAAUAUACAAAGGAAGCAAACUUGGGCGACGGCAACGGUGGAUUCUAUGAUCCAGAGACCGGACGUCGCUUGGGCACCACGGCCAAUGUCGCCGAGUGGCGUCAACUGGUCCACGAGCGUGUGCGUCGCGCCAGUGGCAACGGCGGUGCUGGUGGCAACAAUGCUGCGGCUAACGGUUCAUCUGGCGCCGGACGCGGACGUGAGGAUAACAAGAAUACCUGCUCGCUGUAUAUACAAACAGAUCCAUUGAUUUGGCGUCAUAUACGCGAGAGUAUUGCUGAUCACGAUCGCGGUCGCAAGUACGAGAUAGAUGUGAAGACCCGGGAGGAAAUCACAUCGCUGAUUGCACAUCAUGUGACGGCCGUUAAUUACAUUUACCGCAACACAAAGUUCGAUGGACGGACGGAGCAUCGCAACAUACGCUUUGAGGUGCAACGCAUUAAAAUCGACGACGAUUCCGCCUGUCGCAAUUCCUACAAUGGGCCACACAAUGCAUUUUGUAACGAGCACAUGGAUGUCUCGAACUUCUUGAAUCUCCACUCGCUAGAGGAUCACUCAGACUUUUGUCUAGCCUACGUAUUUACCUACAGAGAUUUUACGGGCGGCACUUUGGGCCUGGCCUGGGUGGCCAGCGCGUCGGGCGCCUCGGGCGGCAUUUGCGAGAAGUACAAAACCUACACGGAAACUGUGGGCGGCCAGUACCAGAGCACCAAGCGCUCCUUGAACACGGGCAUCAUCACCUUUGUCAACUACAACAGUCGCGUCCCACCAAAGGUGUCGCAGCUGACGCUGGCCCAUGAGAUUGGACACAAUUUUGGAUCACCGCACGACUACCCACAAGAAUGCCGUCCCAGUGGACCCAACGGCAACUUCAUAAUGUUUGCCAGCGCCACCUCUGGCGAUCGUCCCAACAAUUCGAAAUUCUCACCCUGUUCCAUACGCAACAUUUCCAAUGUGCUGGAUGUGCUGGUGGGCAAUACGAAACGUGAUUGCUUCAAGGCAUCGGAGGGCGCCUUCUGCGGCAACAAGAUCGUGGAGUCGGGCGAGGAGUGCGACUGUGGCUUCAACGAGGAGGAGUGCAAAGACAAUUGCUGCUAUCCGCGCCUGAUCAGCGAAUACGAUCAGUCGCUCAACUCGAGUGCGAAGGGGUGUAGGCGUCGGGCCAAGACGCAGUGCUCGCCGUCGCAGGGCCCCUGCUGCCUGGCCAACUCCUGCGCGUUUGUGCCCUCGCACUUCCACCAGAAAUGCAAGGAGGAGACGGAGUGCAGCUGGUCGAGCACCUGCAAUGGCACCACGGCCGAGUGCCCCGAGCCCCGGCAUCGCGAUGACAAAACGAUGUGCAACAACGGCACCGCCCUGUGCAUACGCGGCGAGUGCAGUGGAUCGCCCUGUUUGCUCUGGAAUAUGACCAAAUGCUUCCUCACCUCGACGACGCUGCCGCACGUGGACAAGCGCAAGCUCUGCGAGCUCGCCUGCCAGGAUGGCAACGAUACGUCCACCUGUCGCAGCACCAGUGAAUUCGCUGCCGAAUACAACAUCCAACCGGGUGGCAUCAGCCUGCAGCCGGGCUCACCCUGCGACAACUUCCAGGGCUACUGCGAUGUGUUCCUCAAGUGUCGCGCCGUCGAUGCGGACGGACCGCUAGUGCGGCUCAAGAAUCUGCUGCUCAAUCGGGAAACCCUGCUGACCGUCACCGAGUGGGUCACCGGCAACUGGUAUCUGGUGGUGCUCAUUGGCGUCGGCUUCAUCGUCGUCCUGGGCGCAUUCAUCAAAUGCUGCGCCGUGCACACGCCCAGCUCCAAUCCGAAGAAGCGCCGGGCUCGACGCAUCAGCGAAACGCUGCGUGCGCCAAUGAAUACGCUGCGUCGCAUGCAGCGUCAUCCCAAUCAACGUGGUGCUGGGCCGCGCAGCAUUCCACCGCCCGCGCACGAGGCGCAACAUUAUCCGAGAGGUGGGGGCGGUGGUGGCGGCGGACGACAUGGUGGAUCACGUGGACACAAUCACCACAAUGCGCAUCCGCACGAAUGGGAUCGGCAUCAGGGGGGCCAUUCGAUAGUCCCGCUGCCCACGGGCGGCAGCCACUCCAGCCGCAGUGCCCCGGCGAAUCAGGCGCGUCGCAGCGAUGGGCGUGGCACACGGCCCAGCAGCAGUGGCAGGCCGCAGGCGAGCGGCGGAGCAGCUGGACGAUCUGGGUAUGGAGUCGAUCAAACGGGCGUGGGUGGUGCUAUGGGUGGUGGUGUGCAGGCGGCCAUUAGCAGCGGUGGUGUGGUGGCGCGUGCGCAGCUGCCACUGCCAUUGCUGCCGGCAACUGCACAGCAACAACAACAACAACAACAAGCACUCUCACCGCAACAACAACAACAACAACAACAACAGCCGCAAGCGUUCUAUGCGCCGAAAGAAUUACCGCCACGCAAUAAGUCCCGCUCGUCACGUACCACGGCCACGCCCCCGACAGUGGCUGGCAGCAGUAAGCAAGCCAAAAGCGCCAAAGCCAAAGACACACAACAACAACAACAACAGAACAACAAACACAACAACAGCAACCGCAGCCGCAGCAGCAGCAAAGACAAGGCAACAGCAGCCGCUGGCAAGAUGCGCCGCAAUAUUGUUUACUAAAUGUGGAACGCUUGGAAUUGGAACGCGUCAACACAUGCCAUAUACAUUACAAACACAACUACAAUAUAUAUAUAUAUAUAUACAAUAUAUAUA